AUGUCUCUCAAGUUGGUAAACAGCACAAAUACUCUGAAGAGGUCCUUGCGUCUGCUUAGCGAUUCCCUCUUCGCUCCGACAUGCCUCGCUCGGCCGCGCUCCCCUUCCACCACUGGUACUUCUUGCUACACUACAACACCAAUGUCGCCCUCUGUGUAUGACGCGACGAUCUCGUCGCCUAGUGACUCAGCUGUUCCGAGGCCAUUAGUGCCUCUGAAGCGCACUGGGCUGAUUCACCAACAACACCAGCAUGCCCUUCAGUCUGGGCAGGCUCACGCCAAACCCAACGCCCGCAAUGCCGACCAGUUUAUUAGCGUGCGAGCAGGCCUUGAGGCUGCUGGUAAUGUUCUGGACGGACUUCUGCGUCGCCUGGAGGGCUGGGAUCCAGAGAGAGGAACUUUCACAACUGCUGGUAAGACGUAG